GCUCGCUGCAUUCCUCCUCUCUCUGCUCGAUAGGCACACAGAAAGAAAAGAGAGGGGGAGCACAGAGAAAAACACAGCUUAUUAUUUCACUAUCGACGAGCUGGAUUUUUAAAAAUACAUCUUAAUAAACCUGAAUGGACUCACACGGGACACAUAUGUGACCAAAAACCGGAGCAAGGAAAACAGAAAUAACCACGUCAAGACUGCACCUUUGGACCUAUACAAGCACGACAGGAGAGAGAAAAGAGAAAGAGAAAAAAAGGCUUGUUUUUCUUUUUUUAGAAUGACUGGAGUUUCAGGUUCAGCUAUGGAGAAGCAGCUUUGGUGAAACAGCCUCUUCAUUUAUAUAUAUAUAUAUAUAUAUGUAUAGAUAAAUAAAUAUAUAGGCUAUAUAUUUAUAUAUAUAUAUAUAUACAUGAAAGAGGAUUUGCAAGAUGGCUGAUGACAGCUACCCCUACUAACAAGGACAGAAAAAAAGCGACGUCCCCUUUAAGAUCAGGAGGGUUACAUAUUUUUUGCUAUUUUGUAUCAGUUUUGACAUAAUUAUGAUACAAUUUGUGUUAAAAAACGUCGGUCCUCGUCUGGUAAAAAGCUUAAAAUCUUAAUCUGUUGUUACCUGUGUUGGUGGUAGAAAAUGGUGAGGUGACGUUAAUGGUGAAUUUCUUUUUUUUUUACUACACGGUUUUAAUCGAGAUAAAGAAGUAAAACCAAAAAAAGAAGAUUAUAAAAUAUGUUGUUGGUUAAAGGCUGAGGCGAUUAGAAAAGGUGGACACCAAAGUGUGUGAGGGAGACAGAGAGAGAGAGAGAAAGAGAGAGAGAGAGAGGGGAGAAAAACGCUGAUUAAUAAUAGUAAUAAUGUUUUAAAAGAGAGAGAAAGAAAGAAAGAAAGAAAGAGAGAGAGAGAGGGGGAUAUUUGAUAGAUGUGUUUGGCGACAGUAGCCAACAUUCCUGCGGAUCCUAAAACCCUUUGUUUUGUGCGCAGGAGCCGGACCCAGACUAUUAAAAACGAUUAACUAUGCAGUAAACAGCCCUCGAAAAUGAUGGCCCCGGCUCUGAUUUUCUAUUUAAUGAGAUUAUAAGGCCUUUUGUUGUCGACAGAAAACUGGCAGAGAGGGAGAGAGAAAGAGAGAGAGAGAGGAAAAAAGAAGAAGAAGAAGGAGCCGAGGCCUUGUGUACAGAUAUGCGAGCUGUGCCACAUAGCAGGCGUUUAUAUAUAUUCAUCCAAUAAGAGAAAUUGUCGCUUUUUUAUGUCCCCCCCCCCUUAAAAAAUGAAGGGCUUGAGAUCUGUACAUGUGUAAAAAUAUGUGCUGUUUUUUGUUAGUUUUUUUGUUUUAAUGUUGUCGUCUUACAGCCAAACCUCGUCGCUGUUUAUGUGUGUGUAAUUGAAUUGCUGAGGGGGGUUUUUUGGGGAUGGAGGCUCCCUCUGAUACUUAUUUAUGAUUCAGCGGACAAAAGCAUUGCGCUGCGUUGUGAUUAGUGAGGGAUUCAUGCGUCCUUGAGAGUCUGAUUCAACACAUUCAGGUUUAAAAAAAGGAAAGAAAGGCUCUCUGUGUGUUAGGCUUAUGUAUAUAUGUGUGUGUGUGUGUGACCAAGUAAUCAGGGUGUGGACCUUUCUCAUGCCUUUUUCAUGCGUUUGGUGGUCUUGAAUUGGUCCUCAGUCAAUCAUAACCCGGACUGUGAAGUCAAGGAAGCUCUGAAAGGUAAGGGAAGGGCCCAGGAGCCGACAGGAGAGAGGAGAGAGGAGGAGGAGGGUGGUAGUGGUGCUGGUGGGGGUCAAGUGUCUUUUAUUUCUCUCAUGUGCUAUACACAGAUUGAUUCACCUCACCGAUCAUUGAAGUAACAGUGUAAGAUAUUUAGUUCUCUCUGUGUGCCUUGUUUGCAUUUCAUGGUUUACCUGUAGCUGACAAGGCUUUUUAGCUUCCUGUAGGCCUGCACACACACACAUAUAUACAUAAACACACACACUCACACAGAGGAGCUUUAAAGGCAGGCCUAGUGUGUGUGUGUGUCUGUGUGUUGGUGUGUGUGUGUGAGGGUGAUUUAGAGGAAAGGAAAGCACCGUUUACUGUAAUCUGUAUAACGUCAGCCCCUGCUGUGUGUGUUGAAAUCACCAAGGUGUUGUCAUCCUCGCCUGAAGCCUUCUCUGGUCAAUUUCUUCUGGAAUUUGCCUUCAUGCUGCAGCAAUAAGCAAUACUCGUCAUCUGUCAGGGAGUCUCGUCUGAUUUUUGGAUUGAAAUACACAGACUUAAUCUUUCAGGACGCCAUCGGGUUUGUUUUGUUUUUGUUUUUUGUUUUGCAAAUCUUUUUUCUCAAGAGAUUUUGAGAGUGUCAGGUUUCCUGUGUGCUGAGGGACAGAGAGUCAGAGAAGUGGAGAACAGAGUUAGUGUAUGCCUGCCCGCACCAUGAUGGCCUCUGACAUGGCUGAGACGUGGAGGAACUGUUUUGAGGAGGAGCUCAUCUGCCCCAUUUGCCUGCACGUGUUCUCAGAUCCCAUCCAGCUGCCUUGCAAGCACAACUUCUGCCGGGGCUGCAUCAGCGAGGCCUGGGCCAAAGACUCCUCGCUGGCCCGCUGCCCUGAGUGCAAUCAUGCUUACACGCAGAAACCCAGCCUGGAGAAGAACCACAAACUGUCCAACAUAGUCGAGAAGUACAACGCCCUGAGCGUGGAGAAAGCCACCACGCCGGCGUUGCAGUGCAUCCUGUGCCGCCGAGGCCCGCCGCUCCCAGCAGUGAAGGUGUGCCUGCGCUGCAACGCCCCGUGCUGCCAGUCCCACGUCCAGACACACCUGCAGCAGCCCUGCUCAGCCCUUGGGCACCUGUUGGUGGAGGCGGAGGCGGUGAAGGCCUGGACCUGCCCGCAGCACGACGAGUACAGGCUGUACCACUGCGAGGCCGAGCAGACGGCGGUGUGUCAGUACUGCUGCUUCGCCCGAUGCCACCCGAGCCACGGACACGCCGUCACUGACGUGGAGCUGAGACGCAACGACAUAAGGCAAAGCCUGUUGAGACAGCAGGAGCGCGUGGAGGAACGAGUGCAGGAGAUCGAGGAACAGCUUUGCAAACUCGACUCUGACAAGUGUGUGGUGGAGGACAGGGUGUGUGAGCUAAAAGAGGAGGUGCGCCUGCAGUACCAGCGGAUGCAUCAGCUCUUGGAGGAAGAUCUCGGUCGGACACUGGAGGCUCUGGAGCGGGCUCAGGCUCGGUUCUGCCAGGAGAACGCAGCCCAGGUUCUAGCACUGGGAGAGCAGCGCCAUGAGGCCCAGAAGCUGCUGAGCUCCAUCCACACAGCCUUCAGCAAGGCGGAGGAGCUGAGCUUCAUGAAAAACACCAAGCCUGUUAAAAUCCUCACAGACAGGUCUCAGGCAUGUGUGGGAAGCAGUCUGCCUCCUUACAAAGUGGGGAAUCUAAACUCAAAGCUGUUCCUCUCUGAAAUCUCCAAAAGAGAGAAGAGCUUGAAGAGAACGCUAGAAGCUCCCCUCACCCCCCCCUCGACCUUCCUGCAGUCUGUUCCUGCUUAUCCCAGCGGUCAGAGCUCUGCCUCUGGAGCAGAGAAACGGAAACAUUCCACUGCCUUCCCAGAGGGAAACGGAAACGUCGGAAAAAACACCGUUCUGGGUUUCAAAGACUCCUCCACCUCUUCCUCAUCUUCUUCUUCAUCGUUAGCUAAGCAGCCCUACCUGGGCUCUGGCUCUGCCUCUGGAGAAGGCCAGUCCACCAAUCAGCAACCUCUCGGCCCCUGUGGUCCACCUCACAUCAGCGAGAGCGGCGGGGCAGGAAGUGGAAGCGGCUCGUUGACCAACCACCACUCUGGCUCCGUGUUCGGCUCCUCCCACUUUCCUCCCGGCGGAAGCGGCUCCUCCCACUCCUCCCAGCAGGCAGUGCUGCCGCAGUACGGCGGCCGGAAGAUCCUGGUGUGUACGAUGGAUAACUGCUACUGCUCUGGAGUGCCCUCGGUGUCGGGCCACCGCAGUCAUCCCCCGUACCCGCGCUCGGGCUCUUUCCCCUGGGUCAGCGCUCAAGACUACCCUCCGCCUCCUGGCCUGGCCUCUGGAGGUCCGUCCAUGCAGGGCUUGGCAGUGAGGGACUGGAUAGACGCCUCACAGACACACAGACAUGCAGAUUUUUAUGGGCUGUAUGGGCAACCAUCUACAAAGCACUACGUCACCAGUUAACAGAGUAGACACACGCACGCACGCACACACACACACACACACACACACACACACACUUGGAUAUAAAGACAGGCAUCAAGAUAGCACACCUUUACUGACUCCAUUAACCGGAAUAAAAUACAUCAAUACUCUCUGAUAAAGCAGUUAUACUUACAUACAUUUAAAUUAAUGUUUAUACACACACGCACACACACGCACACGUACAGACCUAGAACAUGUACACACAUUCGGGGGCAGGGUUGAUCUCUUUGUGUUCAUUUUUUUUUCUUUUCUUUAUUUUCGGUCAGUGUUUCAUGUAGUGUAUUAUACGUAAAAUGCAUAUACAGCCAACCGCUCACUCUGGCACAACUCAGCUCAGUGUUUUUACACUGAGACACUGAGGAGGGGCUCAAGACGUCCGGAUGAGAUGCAUCUUUUUUUAUUUAUAGAACAAACAAAUUGAUAGAAAAUGAACUUUUUAUUAGAAAAUGUUCAUGCCUCUUCAAGGCUUCUCACUGAGGCUCGAGGGAAAAGAGAUAAUACCGUGCAGUGUUGAGCUUUCCAGUUUAGCGUCUCAUGUUUCUCUGAUAUAAUCACCCCUCCAGUUGUACUGAGGUCAAUUGCCUUAUGUUAUUAGCAUCAUAUUUUUCUCAGCCCAGCUGACUUUGUUUGAUAGAUCCUUUAAAGAGGGGCCACGGUCCCUUUUCGUCUCUUGAUGUUCUUUUUUGUUUCUCGUCAUGGCACUUCCUUUCUUUGCUGAGUUCAGGGAUGGAUAGUACGGCUUGAACACAAAACGCUCUUCCAUGGAACACCCACAAAUGCACUUGUGGACGCCUUGUUAUGCCUGGACUACAGAUGCUGAACCACAGAGGGACAUUAGAGCUGCAUCUGAAGGGCCGGUUGACCCUGGCCCUCUGAGUUUUUGGGGGGAAUUCAGCCCUUAUUUCUAGCACUCUUGUUUCUGGAGUGAGAAUCCAGUCCUCCCUUCCUGCUGCCAGGCUUCCCACAGGACAGAAAAUCUCCUGACAAAGACUGUUUCCAUUUAGUAAUGACUAUGACUUUGUGUUAUUUGGUACAUUAGUAGGUUUCAUGCUUCUCUCAAGAGACCCUUUGAUUGCUGAGAAAAAGGCAAAACUGGACAGACCAAACCAAUCAAGCAUCUGGAGGAUCUGAUGAUGCUGUAAUUGUACUUCCUGCAGGGCAAAGAUGUCACUUCCUCUCAAUAAGCACACAAGCUCUUGGCUUCCUGUUUGCAGCUGUAAGCAUGCAAGGAAGAGUUUUUUAAGCACUCAAAAGAAGAACAAUAGGGGGGAAAAAACUGUAUGCAGUUUUAAAAAAGGAGUGUAUCAACGAAAAAAAAAGAAGUGGGAGGAUUUUUUUUUUUUCAUGAACUUUUUCUAAAAGACUGGACUGCAAGAUGUAAGCAAUGGUCAUCAUCCUAAAAAAGGAGCCGUUACAACAGACAUUAAAAGAGAAAAAAAAAAAACGACAUCAAAGUAUCUUUUUUUGUAAAUAUUUUGUGAAAUGGAAAAAUUACAGACGUGAUUUGGAGAAGGGUUCCAAAUAAAUGAACAAAUUUAAACCGGUCUCUGCUGUCCACUCUGUAUAUGUGCAAAUCCUGUUUUCUCUUGUUGCUAAAAGGACGAGGCUGCAGAUAUUAUAUAUUUUUAUUAUUGUGAAUAAAUCCCGUGAAAAAGACCAAAAUCAGCAAUGUGUUAGUCAAUCUCUCUGAAGACCUGCAGCUGCAUUCAGACCCAAAAACAGCUCUGUAUUAAAACAAUGCGAGGGGCUGCGUUGGUGGUGGCGUGUUGUUUAAAGUACCAGUGAGACAAUAAAAACAUGAUCCAAGAAAUCGAGUUGGAAAAGCUACAGAUUCAAGCUCCAUUCUCUUUCUAGUGCU